GCGUGUUUUUAUAGGUGAAUUCAAUUAUGAGAAAAAACGCUUCGUGUAUGUUAGAACACGAAUCACCCCCAUCAUCGUCAUCAUCUUCACCAUUUCUCCUGCAAAAACUUUUUUAUUCCUUCUUCCUCUUUAGUAAACAAAUCGAUCAAAAAUGGUCUCAUAAUUCUCUCUAUAUCUUUUAUCACUUUCGAAGAUUCCUCUUCUCGCCCACAAAUCAAAAUCAUUUCUUUUGCCGACUAAUUGAAUUUCUUAGAAUUCAACAUACGCAAUGAAAAUGUUCUCGUCACAAAGAUUAGACUAAUCCGACUGUGUUUUUAAUCAAUCAUCAUUUUAUUUAGGGGAGAGAAGUUGUAAAGUUUUGAUUUUUUUUUCUGGGUUUUUUCUGUGAGACCCAGAAGAAGAACAGAGAGAGGAAGAAGGAGAAGAAAAAAAUAUCUCUUUCUCUCCGGCUUUCAACAAAAUCUCUCUUUUUUCCUUCAUCAGUGUUAAAUUCGGAUCCGGGUCGGGUGGGUUUUCGGUUUUUGGUGUUCGGAUCAGAGCACAGUUGGAUGUUAGCGACGGAACUGAGGAUUUCAGUUUGCGGCUGCGGCGGCUGUGACGGUGUUUGUGUGUCGUCUUCUUUUAUCAAUCAGGAGUUUCAUCACAGUUUGAUCAGAGAUUCAGCCAAAUUCUUGGAUACUAAAUGGCUGGUUUUGAUGAAAAUGUUGCUGUGAUGGGAGAAUGGGUGCCUCGUAGUCCUAGUCCCGGGACACUUUUCUCCUCUGCUAUUGGAGAAGAGAAGAGCUCGAAACGUGUUCUUGAAAGAGAGUUAUCUUUGAAUCAUGGUCAAGUUAUUGGUUUAGAAGAAGACACUAGUAGUAAUCAUAACAAGGAUUCUUCACAAAGCAAUGUUUUUCGAGGUGGUCUCAGUGAAAGAAUUGCUGCAAGAGCUGGAUUUAAUGCUCCAAGGUUGAACACUGAGAAUAUCCGCACCAACACCGACUUUUCCAUUGACUCUAACCUUCGAUCUCCUUGCUUAACCAUCUCUUCUCCUGGCCUUAGCCCUGCAACACUCUUGGAAUCUCCUGUUUUCCUUUCUAACCCAUUGGCUCAACCUUCUCCAACUACCGGGAAAUUUCCAUUUCUUCCUGGUGUUAAUGGUAAUGCAUUGUCUUCUGAGAAAGCGAAAGACGAGUUCUUUGAUGAUAUUGGAGCAUCAUUCAGCUUCCAUCCUGUUUCAAGAUCAUCUUCCUCUUUCUUCCAAGGCACAACAGAGAUGAUGUCAGUUGAUUAUGGUAACUACAACAAUAGAUCUUCUUCUCAUCAAUCCGCAGAAGAAGUAAAACCUGGCUCUGAAAACAUAGAAAGCUCCAAUCUUUAUGGGAUUGAAACUGACAAUCAAAACGGGCAGAACAAGACAUCUGAUGUCACUACAAACACCAGUCUUGAAACCGUGGAUCAUCAAGAGGAAGAAGAAGAGCAAAGACGCGGUGAUUCGAUGGCUGGUGGUGCGCCUGCAGAGGAUGGAUAUAACUGGAGGAAAUACGGACAAAAGUUGGUCAAAGGAAGUGAGUAUCCGCGAAGCUAUUACAAGUGCACAAACCCGAAUUGUCAGGUGAAGAAGAAAGUUGAGAGAUCAAGGGAAGGUCACAUCACAGAGAUUAUAUACAAAGGAGCUCAUAAUCAUCUUAAACCUCCACCUAAUCGCCGCUCAGGGAUGCAAGUAGAUGGAACUGAACAAGUUGAACAACAACAACAACAGAGAGAUUCUGCUGCAACGUGGGUUAGUUGUAAUAACACUCAACAACAAGGUGGAAGCAAUGAGAACAAUGUCGAAGAGGGAUCUACGAGAUUCGAGUAUGGAAACCAAUCUGGAUCAAUUCAAGCUCAAACCGGAGGUCAAUACGAGUCAGGUGAUCCUGUGGUUGUGGUUGAUGCUUCUUCAACAUUCUCUAAUGAUGAAGAUGAAGAUGAUCGAGGGACACAUGGAAGUGUUUCUUUGGGUUACGAUGGAGGAGGAGGAGGUGGGGGAGGAGAAGGAGAUGAAUCAGAGUCGAAAAGAAGGAAACUAGAAGCUUUUGCAGCAGAGAUGAGUGGAUCAACAAGAGCCAUACGUGAGCCAAGAGUUGUUGUGCAGACAACGAGUGAUGUUGACAUUCUUGAUGAUGGUUAUCGCUGGCGAAAAUAUGGUCAGAAAGUUGUCAAAGGCAAUCCAAAUCCAAGGAGUUAUUACAAAUGCACAGCUCCAGGAUGUACAGUGAGGAAACAUGUUGAAAGAGCUUCUCAUGAUCUCAAAUCCGUUAUAACAACUUACGAAGGCAAACAUAACCAUGACGUCCCCGCUGCACGCAACAGCAGCCACGGAGGCGGUGGUGAUAGUGGUAACGGUAACAGCGGCGGUUCAGCCGCAGUUUCUCACCAUUACCACAACGGUCAUCACUCAGAGCCGCCACGUGGGAGAUUCGACAGACAAGUCACAACUAACAAUCAGUCUCCUUUUAGCCGUCCCUUUAGCUUUCAGCCACAUUUGGGUCCUCCUUCUGGUUUCUCCUUCGGUUUAGGACAAACCGGUUUGGUUAAUCUUUCAAUGCCUGGUUUAGCGUAUGGUCAAGGGAAAAUGCCGGGUUUGCCUCACCCGUAUAUGACACAACCGGUUGGGAUGAGUGAAGCAAUGAUGCAGAGAGGGAUGGAACCAAAGGUUGAACCGGUUUCAGAUUCAGGACAAUCGGUAUAUAACCAGAUCAUGAGUAGAUUACCUCAGAUUUGAAAUUUACUCUUCUUCUUCUUCUUCUGCAUUUGGUCACUCCUUAUAAUAACUUUUAAUUUCUGCUUCUUCUUCUUCUUUCAUUUAUUGGUUUCAAACUUUGGGGAAGGUAAAGGCUGUUUUAUUGUUCAUUCCUUGGUUUUGUCUUCUUUUUUACUGGUUCUUUAUCUUAUAUUGAAAUCAACAAAGAAGAAAAAAGUGAGUGUUGUGUAGCAAUACUGCAAUUGCUAACUGGAGACUGAUGUGGAUGUAACUAGAGAGACUGAUAGAAUCAAACCUUAAAAUCUUUUUA